AUGAUCACCGGUAUUCUUGCGGUUUAUAUUAGCACUGCAAGAAAAACAACUCCCAUAUGUUCGUUUACAUUAAAGUCAACAGCUCGAAAUCCAAAUGACAUUGAUUCAUAUCCACAUUCUGUGGCCAUUGCUGAUUUUAACAAUGACAAUUGGUUAGAUUUUACCGUUGCCAAUUCAAAUACGGACAAUGUGGGUGUUUUUUUUGGGUUUGGUAAUGAAACUUUUGCAACUCAAAUUAAAUACUCAACGGGAUUAGGUUCUAUGCCAUACGCAGUUGCUGUCGGUGAUUUGAACAGUGAUUAUCAAGUGGACAUCAUAGUCGCAAAUUUUGGCACGAAUAAUAUCGGCAUCUUUCUCGGAACUGGAUAUGGAAGUUUCACAAGUCAACUCACGUUUUCCACUGCCUCUUCUCAUCCACGAUAUGUGACUGUUGGCAAUUUCAACAAUGAUGCUCACGUUGAUAUAAUCUUUGCCAAUUAUGGCACCAACACUAUCGGUAUCUUUUUUGGAUACGGUGAUGGAAAUUUUACAUCUGAAAUAACUUUUUCCACUGAAUAUGACUCUCUUCCAUUCGCAUUAGCCAUUGGCGAUUUCAAUAAAGAUAAUAAUCUAGAUGUUGCUGUUGCCAAUUAUGGUACUAACAAUGUAGGUGUAUUUCUGGGUUACGGAAAUGGAAGUUUUGCAUCUCAAAUGACAUUUUCGACUGGUAUGAAUUCUCAUCCAUACUCUAUUGCCAUUGGCAAUUUAAAUAAUGACACACAGCUAGAUAUCGUCGUUGCUAAUUCUGGGACGAAUAAUGUGGGUGUACUCUUUGGACGUGCAAACGGUACUUUUGAGAUACAGACAACAUAUUUCACUGGUAACAGUUCUUCGCCACUUUCAGUAGUUCUUGCUGAUUUGAACAAUGACCUUACAUUAGACAUUGUGGUUGCUAAUUCUGGAAUGGACAAUGUAGGUGUACUGUUUGGAUACGGCAAUGGAAGCUUUGCCAUACAGAGAGAAUUUGCAACUGGCAUUAAUUCGUAUCCAUUGUCAUUAGCUAUCGGCGAUUUCAAUAAAGAUAAUCGAUCCGAUAUUGCGAUCAGCAACUAUGGCACAAAUCAUGCAGAUGUUCUUUUCGGAAACAACUAUGCUACCUUUUCACCUCAAGUCACGUACACAACUGGCGAUGCUUCAGGGCCGAAUUCGGUUACCAUCGGUUACUUAAACAACGACAGUCAUCUGGAUAUCAUAGUUGCCAACGGUUGGGCUGAUAAUGUAGGUGUUUUUCUUGGUAAUGGCGAUGGAACUUUUUCAAGACAAACAUCUUACUCAACAGGUUUUUAUUCUUCGCCAUAUUCGGUUGUCCUUGCUGACGUCAAUCUAGAUGGGCGACUUGAUAUCGUCGUUGCCAAUCUUGGUGCUGAGAAUAUAGGUAUUCUUCUUGGAUAUGGCGAUGGAACGUUUGCCAACAGUGAAACCUAUUCAACUGGCAGCAAUUCUGAACCGUGUUCAGUUGCCAUUGGAGACUUGAACAAUGAUAAUAAACUUGAUAUCGUCGUUGCCAAUUACCAUGCAAACAAUAUAGGUAUUUUGCUUGGCUAUGGCGAUGGAACUUUUUCCACACAGACGACCUACUUCACUGGUUCAAGUUCUUCACCGAAUUCGGUUGCCAUAGGUGAUUUUAACAACGAUCAUUACCUUGAUAUUGUUAUCGCUCUUUCAGACUAUUCCUAUAUAGGUAUAGUUUUAGGGCAUGGAAACGGGACGUUUUCCGACCAGGUGCUUUAUUCAACUGGUUCUCGUGCUACUUCAAGCUCGGUUAGCAUCGGCGAUUUUAACAAUGAUAAUCGGUUAGACAUUGCAGCCACUAUAUCAUCUUAUUGGACUAAUGGUAUAGGUAUAUUUCUUGGUGAUGGCAAUGGUAGUUUUGGCAUUAUGACGCUGUUUGUAACUGGUUUUGGAUCCUCACCAUACUGGACCACUAUCGGCGAUUUCAACAACGACAAUAAUCUUGAUGUGGUUGUCGCAAAUUCUGGCACGAACAAUGUAGGUAUAUUUUUUGGAUUGGGUGAUGGCACUUUUCUUGAUCAAGAGAUCUAUUCAACUGGAGGAUCCUCACAGCCGUACUCUGCUGCCGUCGGUGAUUUCAAUAAUGACAUUCGACUCGAUAUUACGGUGGCAAAUUUUGGCACUUCCAACAUAGGUGUAUUUCUUGGAGUAGAUGUUCCAACUUUCAUCAGCGUGGAAACUUAUUCAACUGGAUCCUCUUCUCUUCCCUAUUCUAUCGUCGUCGGUGAUUUCAACAACGAUACAGAACUUGAUAUGGCCGUCGCCAACUAUGGUACAAACAGCGUCGGUGUAUUUUUUGGGUACGGAAAUGCAACGUUUUCAUCACAAACGACAUAUUCCACUGGCUCGUUAUCUUUUCCGAUGUCGGUCGUUGUUGGCGACUUCAACGGCGAUGAUAAACUGGAUAUUGCCGUCGCUAAUAGUGUUACCGACAAUGUGGGCGUACUUUUUGGACUUGGAAAUAAAAAUUUUACAUCACUUGUGACUUACCCGACAGGCAGUAGUUCUAACCCAAAAUCAAUCGCUACCGGUGAUUUCAACAAUGAUAAUCGACUCGAUAUCGUUGUUGCUAAUUCUGGGAUGGACAAUGUGGCUGUAAUUUUGAGGUAUGAUGCUGGAUUCUUCGAAGGGCAAAUAACAUAUUCAACUGGUGGUACUUCGCAGCCUCUUUCGGUCGCCACUGGAGACUUUAACAACGAUCAACGGUUGGAUAUUGUCGUCGCAAAUUCUUGGAAUUAUAAUCUGGGCAUUUUUCUUGGGUAUGGAAAUGGUACUUUCUCUGAUCAAAUGACCUAUCCCACUGGCGAUGGUUCCUUGCCGCAAACGGUUGUAAUCGGUGAUGUAAAUAACGAUGGUCAUUUAGAUCUCAUUAUUACUAACUCUCUUAAUGGCAAUGUAGGUAUUUUUCUUGGUCAUGGUGAUGGGACUUUUUCUAAUCAAACAACAUAUCCAACAGGCGCUGGUUCAGUUCCGGUUUCGGUGGCAGUCGGCGAUUUCAAUAACGAUGGUCGACUCGAUAUCGUCACGGCCAAUUAUUGGACGUACGAUAUAAGCAUUUUUCUCAAUUAUGGCAACGGCACUUUUGCUAACCGAACGACCUAUUCAACCGGCUCUGUUUCGAAACCGAACUCAGUUGUUGUUGGCGAUUUUAAUAACGACAGUAAGCUGGAUAUCGCUGUCACCAACCAAGGCAGUGAAAAUAUAGUUAUUUUUUUGGGGUAUGGUAAUGGCAGUUUUUUCAAUCAAAGUAUCUACUCAACCGGUGAUAAUAGUCAACCAACUACAAUGGCUAUCGGUGAUUUUAACAAUGAUAAAAUACUCGAUAUUACGGUCGCUAAUUUCGGUACUGGUAAUAUAGGUAUUUUUCUUGGAUAUGGUGAUGGAACGUUUUCCAAUCAAAUGACUUUUGCGACGGGUAAUAAUUCUCAACCAUGGUGGGUCGCCGUUGGUGAUUUUAAUAACGACAGUUGGCCUGAUAUUGCCACUGCUAACAGUGGCACUAAUAAUAUUGGUGUACUUCUUGGUUGUAUCAAUGGUACCUUUUUCAAUCAAAUGGCAUAUUCAACUGGUAAUUCUUCCUCUCCAAUAUCUGUUGCCGUUGGUGACUUUAACAAUGACAGUCGACUCGAUAUUGUAGCUGCUAAUCGAGAUCGAGGGAGUAUUGGCAUAUUUCUUGGGUAUGCUCUGGAAACGUUUUUAACUGCACCAGCAUAUUCAACUGGAUCUUCUUCUCGGCCAGUAUUCGUUGCUUCAGGAGAUUUCGAUCAUGAUACUCGGUUAGAUAUUGCCGUUGCCAAUAACGGAACUGAUAAUAUAAUGAUAUUGCUUGGGUCGGGAUUCGGCACUUUCUCAAAGCAAACGAACUAUUCAAAUGGUGAUGGUUCUCAUCCUUACUCAAUCGCCAUUGCAGACUUUAAUAACGAUAGUCUCUUGGAUAUCGCCGUCGCUAAUUAUGGCUCUAACAAUAUAGGUAUUCGUCUUGGACACGGCGACGGUACUCUCUCAAAUCAAACAACAUAUUUUACGGGUGAAGGUUCUCAUCCAUAUUCGGUGGUUGUUUGUGAUUUCAAUAACGACACUCACUUAGAUAUUGCUGUUGCCAAUUAUGGUGCUAAUGAUGUUAGUCUUUUUCUUGGUUAUGGUAAUGGAAGCUUUGCGAGUCAAUAUAUUUUUCCAGGUGGUUUUGAAUCUCACCCAUCAGCAUUAGCUGUCGGAGACAUGAACGGAGAUCAUGUGAUAGAUAUUAUUGUUGCAAACAGUGGUUAUGACGGUGGCGGUGGCUCCCAAUACGGAAUGGAACCAUUUGGUGUUUCCAUGUUGAAACAAAUUAUUCAAAAUAAGUAUCAUCAAACAUAUUCUCAGACACACCCAAUAGUGUAUCUAUUUCAAUACAGGGGAGCAGGUCUGAGUAAGCCAUCGAUUCAUUGUUAUACUGCAAAGACAUGGAUUGAGUGUGCUAGAGAAUUGAUUCAAGCAACAGUACCCAGUUCUGUCAAUGACUCAUUGAAAAUAAUCCAUGCUAUGACAAAUCAAAAUAUUGCUCAAGAUUUACAAUAUCAAAUUCAAUAUGCAAUCAAUCAAUCACAGUCAAUAUAUCCGACGUCUACUUAUAUCUAUGGUUUCAGUCAAGGCACAGCUAUUAUUCAAUAUUAUCUAUCGAUUCAAUCAAUCAACUCACACUUACAGUCAAUCGACGGAAUAAUUCUCGAUGGAAUAAUGUCGAUUAAAAGGUCGGAUGCUUUUCAAAAUCAAAUCAAAUCAAUCAACCAUCGAUUCUAUUUGUAUUUAUCUAAAUGUCAGAAUGAUAUAUUCUGUGCGAAAACCUUUGCACUUGUCACUGGUACUGAUCAAGAUAUAAUAACUGUUGUAUUAACAUUAGAAAUGCUUUUUCACACCAAUCUGACAAAUCCUAUGUGUACAACCAAUCUCGGAUUGAAUGAUUGGAAUUCAUUGAUGCGUAUCGCUGGUCAAAGCAUUGAACUUAGAGGUGUUCGUCCACUUGCUAUUAUUCUGAUUGCACGUCUAUAUCGAUGUUCAACUGAAGGUCAGCGAGUUCUAUCUCGAGCAUUGCCCAUUUUGAUUGCUUUGACAGAACAAUCGCUAACAUCAAGUUUAGUCGACCCACCCGAUGUAUACCCAGAUGAUGGAAAUGUUUUAAGUAUAACAACAAUCUGGAGCGAUUUUGUUGGGUUUACUCUAGAAGAAAAUUUCAAAACCACUGUUGGUUUUUUCAAUGAUUUUUGUAUCAAUAGUGCCGUGAUCAAUGAAUAUUAUUUGGCACCUACAGGUCCAGUACCAAUAUGUCGUGAAAUACAACAAUCAAAAUACAAUUUUACCAUCGCCUCCGAAUUCACUGAUAUUUUAUACACGAAAAAUCCACGUUAUUGGGGACAAUUUCAAGUCAAUCCACAAAUAUUUCGAUCGAAAAAACACGGUGCAUUGUUACUAAAUGGAGAUUUAGAUUACAAUUCACCGCUGUAUUCUGCAAAACAAAGUCAAAUAUGA